CCACGCCCCUCGCGCCCUCACUUCCUGGGGCGCGCGGGUUGGACAUGGCGGCCACGGCCGCUCUGCUCCUCGCAGCGCUGCUGGGUCUCGCCGCCUCCUCCUCAGUCUCCUCCUUCCCGGCGGGCAGCCCUGGGGAGCCGCGGAGCCGAGUGCAAGUGCUGGGCGGCUCCAACUGGAGCCUGGUGCUGCAGGGCCAGUGGAUGUUGGAGUUCUAUGCUCCUUGGUGUCCAGCUUGUCAACAGAUUGAAGUGACGUGGGAGAGUUUUGCAAAGGAAAGCGAACAUCUAGAUAUCACUGUGGGAAAGGUGGACAUCACUCAGGAACCAGGUUUGAGUGGUCGUUUCUUUGUCACAACGCUUCCUACAAUUUACCAUGCAAAUGAUGGAGUAUUUCGCAGAUACCGAGGCUCAAGGACAUUGGAAGAUCUUCAAGGUUACGUGUUAGAGCGAAAAUGGGAAGCUGUGGAGCCUGUAGCAGGAUGGAAGUCUCCAUCAUCUAUAAUGAUGCAUGGGAUGGCAGGAUUAUUCCAUCUCUCUGGAUGGAUCAGGCAAAUUCACAGCUACCUCACCGGCACUCUUGGAAUUCAUGUUUGGGCUUCUUAUGCAAUCUUCAUCUUAGCGACCUUAUUGAUUGGCCUGUUCCUGGGUCUGAUACUGGUUUUGAUUUCAGACUGCCUGUGCCCAUCCAAGGCAAGAUACACAGUGGAAACAUCCGAAGAAGCAAUUACGAAGGAUAAUGUGGAGAACGCAGCAUUAGAAGAACCGGAGGAGGCUGCAGAGCUUUCGGCAGAUGAUGCGGAAGAGACCGCAGAUGUAAAAGAUCUCUCAGAUGGAGAAGAUGCGGCACAUUCAAGCGCUGAUGACUCAGAGGAGGAUUUAGCACUUGCAAAAGAAUCAGGGGAAGAAGAAAUGGAAGACUUAAGUGAGCAACCUGCAGCUGAUGCAGAGACUGAAAGCUCAGUAAGGCAGCGUAAAAGUCAGGCGGCCGAUAAUGGACUAUAGCUGCUUCAGUGGUGUGUUUUGUACACUCGGACCAAAGAAGCAUCAGACCCUUCGACUGAACCUGAAGCUCACACUUGAUUUGUUGUUUGUGUUUACACAAAACCUCUGCUCUGUCAGCAGGCUUCUCUUUUUUCAAGCUGAUAUUCACUCGUUGGGUUUGUUUUAUAAGCACAUAUGGUGUAUAUUGUAUCCCUUUAGCCAUGACAAUCAAAAUACAUAUAUCUUGUCUGAAGUCUUCUCAGAGAAAAGGGGUGUCACAGUGUCACUUCACCGGCUAUAAAAUGGUCACGUCUGCCAUGUUCGGUUUUAAGUAUUACCCUAAACAAGAUCAGGACUUUUUACAGUAGCUUGGCAGGACUGGCACUUUUCUGUCUCAAUGUUUAUUGUUUCCAAAUGCUACAGAAGCACCAGAUAAGUGAUACAGCAGUGAAAGAAGGCACCUUACUCUAGUCCUCUGUUAAAAAUGUGUAUGAUGGGCUUAUUUUUAUCACUUGAGACUGAAGCACCUUUCUCUUUCAUUUUUAUUAGUUGGUUUUUAAAGUUUAUCGCACGUUAUGCUGCGUUCCAUGGACUCUUUAGUUUUUGUUAAUUUGCAAGUGUGCUGCACAGCUUAAGCUUCUCAGCUGAGCUUUUUUUGACCCAAGGAGUUUGAGGAAUUGGAAACCUCAGGCUGAUAGAGUGGCAGCUAAAUGUUUAAAAUACAUUGGAGCUUUUAAAAGGCUUAAAAAGUUAUUUCCGUUGGGGGGACUUUUGCCAAAGCAUUGACUUUUAAUAUUUUCCUUCAAGAGACUGUAGCAACAAGCAUUUGCUUUGCAGUUCUAUAUUUUUUGCCAAUACAAGCUUGUCAUAUGCAUCGCAGUUCUGCCUUUUCCAGCUUGGAAAGAACUCGAACUGCUUUACUAAUAUUAACUGCAGAGACACUGAAGGUUUUAUCUUUGAUUGCUUCUCUCCUUUUUGUCACCAGAAUCGGCACAUUAGGAAAAGGGAGGGACAUGGGUGGCGAGAAGCUUUUCGUUUUGCUGCUUUUAUCAAGAUGAACGUGUAUGUGUUGAACUGUGUCAAGUGCAAAUGGCUUGUCAGAUAGACAACAUUAGGUUAAAAUACUUAAAUCACUAAAGACUGAAGUAUUUCCCUUCUUUGUUUUGGUUAAUAUAUAAGGCUUUUUUUGGUAAGGAAUACCUACAGUGAGAUCCUAUGUGUUCCUAUUUUAUAUGUGAUCAUGUGCAUAAGAUGUGUCUUAAUCUUGGUUUUGUUGUUUUGUUUGUGUUUUUUUAAGAUGUAUAUUGCAUAAACCUUGCUAACAUGCAUGAAUUCCAUCGUGUUGCUCAAGAAUAAUCAGAGAUGAAAUAGUCUCUUAUUACAAGAGACAACUUGCAAGUGCAAAAUGCUGGUUUCCUUUGAGACUGAGAUUAAUAGGGCAAAUUUGUGUUGAAAGUUGGGGUUUAGGGUUUUUUGGGAUGCUCAUAAAGAGCAUAUGUACUAGGAAAGCUUAACUUUUCCUGUCUAUGUUGUUUCAUAUUGUGUCUUGGAAGUAUAUGGUAGAAACUCUGCAUUUGUCUGUUUCAGCUGUGUAAAGAACAAAAUUACACUGCGUAUAUUGAAUAUUAACUUUCUUAAGGAAAGUUCUCAGUCUGGGGCUUGAAUUUCACAUAGUGGACACAUGUAAAUAUGGGUUUGCACAUGUGAACAUGUACAGUUGAUAAUAUAUAUACGUUGCACAAUAACAAGAACAGUUUUCUUGCGUUACCUGGAUGUUGUUUCAUGUAACUGAACAAUUAUAGUAGCUUGUUAACUGUGGGACUCAGUAGCAGUUCAGAUACACACCAGCUUGCUUUUUUUAAUCAAUCUAAGCUUGUAUUUGCAAAAAUUAAGUAAACUGCCACUGUAGUCUGGAGGGAAGAACGGUGCACCUAAAAGCUCAGAGUACAGAUCUGUUGUUUCCAUGAUGUAUUUGGGUUUUUUUCAUUAUCUGUGUAUCAGGAGCUCAUAAAGUCUGAACGGAAAAUGAGAUUUUUAACCACGUUUCAUGAGACAACCAGAAGUCAGUGUGUAUAUUCAGUUACAAGAACGUGCAUGAAAUAAGAUUAGAUGUAGCCCCUCAGUCGUGGAUCCAAAACUACCAGAUGCUGCAAAAUGUGGUACUGUAUCCAGCACAGAUUGAGGGCAACAUUGACUUUGGUUGUGUACCAAAGAGGAUAUAUUGUACUGCACAGGGUUUUAUGCUACUCAGUGUGUAGGUGGGAACAUACAGAUAUUAAGUUUUGAUACAGUUUCUCUUCACUUUUUCAGUAUUUUGGACUGUUUAAAGAGGUUUUCACUUUAAAAGAUAUAGAACAUCCUUAGAACUCCCAGUGGCUUUGUUGUAUGCUGUUGGGGAUGUGAAUUAUUAAAAAGUCAAGUGUACCUCUUUUCAGUGCUCAAGGUGAGGUAUUUGGGCUUUUUGAAUGUUUAGAUAGAUAAGGUGUUCUCACAAGAGCUGGAUUUCAUUCUGGUGUCUUUGAAUUUCAAAACCAAACAAAAACACGAGCUGCAAACAGCACUUUGUCCUACAAGAUACAUUACUAAUGAAAUCCUCUGAGAAAGAUCAGAAGCUCCUUUGUGUGGUGAUUCUCUGAAGUCUCCGCUUAGAUUUUCUCAGAAUUUGCACGUCACUGUUAAGUUUGGAUUACUUAUGAUGCAAAAUACUUACUAUCUUCAUUUUAAUAGACCUAACUGCAAUAUCACUGUGAUGUUCAUGGAUUGAGUAAGUAAGUGAGGGCAGUUCAUCUCUCCAUAAUGUCUUGUGAAUCUGGAAAUGAGCAAUUUUAGGCUUCUAAAGUUUGUUGGAACUAAUAUAUAUGUCAUUGCUCCUGUGUUUUCAUGAAUAAAGUAGGGAAUAUUACUGCUAA